AUGAUUGGGACAAGGGCAUCUUCGUACAAGAUCUAUAAGAAGCUUGGGCAAGGUGGCUUUGGGCAAGUAUUUCUUGGAAGAGACUUAGAAGGACAUGUAGUUGUAGUCAAGAAGAUACCGAUUGACGACGACAAUAGAGAUAAAGCGACAAACGAAGUGAAGAUCAUGAAACGGGUGUGCCACUCCAAUUUAAUUCACUUCAUCGACUCGUUUGUCAAUCGAAAGAAUUUGGUCAUUAUUAUGGAAUAUGCAAGAGGAGGGGACUUGUCUCGAUUUAUCAAGAAAAGGAUGGGUGAACAACUUCCGGAAGACUUAGUCUGGAACAUCUUCUUACAGAUCAACUUUGGUCUUGCUUAUCUCCACUCCGUCCAUAUUCUCCACCGUGACUUGAAGACUCAAAACAUCUUCUUAAUGGCUGAUGGGACUGUCAAAAUAGGAGACUUUGGGAUUGGAAGAAUGCUAGCUGGUGAUGACGAAAGUGCCCACACGGUAAUAGGAACUCCUUAUUACCUUUCCCCUGAAAUCUGUAAAGGCCUUCCUUAUGGUUACAAAAGUGAUAUGUGGUCUCUUGGUUGUAUUCUGUAUGAACUCUGUACUUUGACAAGAGCAUUUUCUGGGUCAAAUGUUGGGGAAGUGGUUCAGAAGAUAUUGAAGCACUCACCACCACAGAUCGGGCAAAAGUAUUCACAACCUAUUUUGUUCCUUGUCGACAAUUUACUCAGGAAGUCGCCUAACGAAAGAAUGACUGCAGAAGAAAUCACAAACAUUCCGACUAUUAAAAACAUUAUUACUGACAUGUUCGAUAUGCAAGGAAUGACAACAAUGGUGUUUAAUGAGACCAAUUUCGUGGUCGAAGAGUCAAGUCCGGAGGAUGCUGGAGCGUCGGGGAAUACGGGGAAAACACUGACGGACUCCUCAACUGUCCAGAACUAG